CACCAACCGCGCCCUUCUCAUCCUUUUCUUAUGGCGGGAACUUUCAAAACCCGCAGCGAGAGAGAGAGAGAGGGAAACGCAAAAUCAAAAGCAUUUUGAAAGCCACCCGCCUUCUAUUUAAAAAACUCCCCAAACACCCCUCUAUCGUACUCAACAAGCUUCUUUCUCUCUCUCUAUCAUAUACCUAUCUCUUUAUAAUUCUCCUUCCAUUCACCACCUGUUCGACGAAAUUCCUCAUCAUCAAACCCUAGAUAUUUUCCCAGAGAUCUGAAGAUGUAUGUGGUGAAGCGAGACGGCCGUCAGGAAACCGUCCACUUUGAUAAGAUCACCGCUCGUCUGAAGAAGCUGAGCUAUGGCCUCAGCCUCGAUCACUGCGAUCCUGUACUUGUGGCUCAGAAGGUAUGUGCUGGAGUGUACAAGGGCGUCACCACCAGUCAGCUUGACGAACUUGCUGCUGAGACUGCGGCUGCUAUGACUGCAAACCACCCCGAUUAUGCCUCGCUUGCGGCGAGAAUUGUUGUUUCAAAUCUGCAUAAGAGCACGAAGAAAUCGUUUUCUGAGACAAUCAAAGAGAUGUAUUAUCAUUUCAAUGAAAGAUCAGGGCAGAAGGCUCCGUUAGUUGCAGAUGAUGUUUAUGAGAUAAUCAUGAAGAAUGCUGGCCUUCUGGAUAGUGAAAUAAUUUAUGACAGAGACUUUGACUAUGACUACUUUGGUUUCAAAACUCUUGAGAGAUCCUACCUAUUGAAGGUUUUGGGUAGGGUUGUAGAAAGGCCACAGCAUAUGCUGAUGAGGGUUGCUGUUGGAAUUCAUAAGGAUGAUAUUGACUCUGCCCUCAAAACAUACCAUUUGAUGUCACAACGUUGGUUCACACAUGCUUCCCCUACUCUUUUUAAUGCUGGGACUCCGAGGCCUCAGAUGAGUAGCUGUUUCCUUAUUUGCAUGAAAGAUGAUAGCAUUGAAGGAAUAUAUGAUACUUUGAAGGAAUGUGCUGUCAUUAGCAAAUCGGCUGGAGGCAUUGGUGUUUCCAUUCAUAAUAUUCGUGGGACAAGCAGUUACAUUCGUGGUACAAAUGGGACCUCCAAUGGCAUUGUCCCAAUGCUACGGGUGUUCAAUGAUACUGCCCGUUACGUUGAUCAAGGGGGUGGCAAGAGGAAGGGUGCAUUUGCUGUGUAUUUGGAGCCAUGGCAUGCAGAUGUCUUUGAGUUCCUAGAUCUUAGAAAGAACCAUGGAAAGGAAGAACACAGAGCUAGGGAUCUAUUUUAUGCCCUUUGGGUUCCUGACCUUUUCAUGAAAAGGGUGAACAGCAAUGGGGAGUGGUCAUUGUUUUGCCCAAAUGAGGCUCCAGGUUUAUCUGAUUGUUGGGGUGAGGAAUUUGAAGAACUGUACACUAGAUAUGAAAGAGAGGGCAAGGCAAAAAAAGUUGUUCAGGCACAGACCCUAUGGUUUGAAAUUCUGAAAUCACAGAUAGAAACUGGAACACCGUAUAUGCUUUUCAAGGACACUUGCAAUAGGAAAAGCAAUCAACAGAAUCUGGGGACCAUCAAAUCUUCAAAUUUGUGUACAGAGAUUAUUGAGUACACAAGUCCUACAGAAACUGCAGUUUGCAAUUUGGCAUCAAUUGCUUUACCACGAUUUGUCAGGGAGAAGGGUGUUCCUAUAGAGUCACACCCAUCUAAACUGGUUGGAAGCAGAGGAGCGAGAAGCCGAUAUUUUGAUUUUGACAAGCUUGGAGAGGUUGCUGCAAUAGUUACCUCAAAUCUCAACAAAAUAAUUGAUGUUAAUUACUACCCUGUUGAAACUGCAAAGAGGUCAAAUAUGCGGCACAGACCAAUUGGUAUAGGAGUACAGGGUCUUGCAGACACUUUCAUCUUGCUUGGCAUGCCAUUUGAUUCACCAGAGGCUCAGCAGCUGAACAAAGACAUAUUUGAGACCAUAUAUUACCAUGCUCUGAAAGCUUCCUCUGAGAUUGCUGCAAAAGAAGGGCCUUAUGAGACUUAUCAUGGGAGUCCUGUGAGCAAGGGAAUUCUUCAACCUGACAUGUGGGAUGUGAUUCCAUCCGAUCGUUGGAACUGGGACACCCUAAGAGAAAUGAUCUCUAAGAAUGGAGUGAGGAACUCACUUCUUGUAGCUCCUAUGCCCACUGCCUCAACCAGCCAGAUUCUUGGCAACAAUGAGUGCUUUGAGCCAUAUACCUCAAAUAUCUACAGUCGCAGGGUUCUAAGUGGUGAGUUUGUUGUCGUGAAUAAGCACCUACUUCAUGACUUGACUGAGAUGGGUCUUUGGUCUCCUGCUCUCAAGAACAAGAUAAUAUAUGAGAAUGGUUCAGUUGUCAGUAUCCCUGAAAUUCCAGAUGACCUGAAAGCUAUUUAUAAGACUGUGUGGGAGAUCAAGCAAAAGACAUUGGUUGACAUGGCUGCUGAUCGUGGGUGUUAUAUUGAUCAAAGUCAGAGCCUGAAUAUCCACAUGGACCAGCCCAAUUUUGGAAAACUCACUUCCUUGCACUUCCAUGCUUGGUCCAAGGGCCUGAAAACUGGGAUGUAUUAUCUGCGAACCCGUGCAGCGGCAGAUGCAAUCAAAUUCACUGUGGAUACCUCCAUGCUCAAGGAAAAGACUAAGCCAGUAGAUGAUGACGUUGAAGCCAAAAUGGCACAGGUGGUUUGUUCCUUGGAGAACCGAGAUGAGUGUAUGGCGUGUGGAAGCUAAAUAUUUCUUCAAUAUAGGAAUUUAUGAAGCAUUGUUGCUUGUUUGAGGGUGCAAUCUGUGUGUUGAGGCUGAAAACAGGAAGUAUGCAAAGUCCAUCCUCAAGGUGAAAAGUUCACAGGGCCUCUGGAUAGGAUAGGCAUGCCAAACAAAGGAUUGUGAGAGGAUUGUUGGGAAUCUGUGCAAAGAGUUCCCAAUUUGUAAUGCUAGCUCUUGGAUUUUCAAUCUAAUGUGAUGACCAGAGAUGGAAGUUAUCUCAAUUUACCUUCUCUUUCUUGUAUAUCUUAUCCUAAUAUCAUAACAUUGGUGUGGGUAUUUUGUUCCCCUUUUCUUUUUCUCCACUGAAUGCUGGUUGUGCUGUAUUCAAUCUUCCAUAUGCAUUGUCUUGAUACA